CAAUGUUCGAAAACGGCGACGAGAAACAAGCUGGGUAGCACGUGUCUAAACUCAGGAGGCUACGCAGGACACUGCAAACCACGAGGCUGGUCAGUCUCCCUCUCCAUCCCCUUGGCCGUGCACUCUUCUUCGCAGCUUCGCGCUCGGUGAAGAUCAUAACGGAACUAUUUGGUGGAGAAUACAACCGGCACCGAGAAGACCAAACGCUCCUUUAAACGCAUAAUCCUACCCCACAUACACAAAGUCCUACUUCCCUAUACUAAAGCCACAGCUCUCCCACACACUGCCUCCCAGGGCUUCCUAUGACCACACCGCGAAGCAACUCCGCGGUCCAGGGCCUCCAAUUUCAGUCUUGCCUUGCUGCAGAGAAUCCCGAUGAUCCUAAAUGCCUUAAGUCAGGAAGAGAAAUCUUCCACGUAUCCUCGACUCCACUUUGCUGCCACUUUAAAAACACCUUUAUUGGCUACAUGAGAGUUUAAGACCAGACGCCAGGAGAACGAGCCUCGUCGUGUCAAUACAUGCCCACAACUGAGGUUUCCUCACACACUGAGCUGAAUUCUAAGUCUUCCAGAGGCAUUGAGGACUUCUUCCUAAAGGCGGCCGUCAAGCAUCCCCGUACAGCAAAGGAAGAGAUAAAGAUGAGCCCAGAGCGGAGGCCUUGGGCAGGGCUUGCUCUGGGCCUCAGGGUCCUAACUGAAGAGGAGGAGGCCGAUCUGAAACUCACUUAAGACCUGGCGUUAUUUGCAUGCCAAGCCCUGCCCCACCCUUCUUGCAAUCCUACUAGGGAAGAAUGUGGCUCCGCCUUCCUGUCAAUCUCUUGAUUAAAUAGGCACUUCCCUCCAGACGGCUUCUGAAGUGCAGCGUGUCCUACCACCGCCCGAAGCAGCUUUUCCCCCCACCAUGAGAGCUGUCCCUCUGCAUCGGAGCCGGACAGCCAGCCUCAGCCUUGGCUUCUUGCUCCUGCUCUCUCUCUGCCUGGACCCAGGCCAAGCCAAGGAGUUGAAGUUUGUGACAUUGGUGUUUCGGCAUGGAGACCGAGGCCCCCUCGAGACCUUUCCUAACGACCCCAUUAAGGAAUCCUCCUGGCCACAAGGAUUUGGCCAACUCACCCAGUGGGGCAUGGAACAGCACUAUGAACUUGGAAGUUAUAUAAGGAGAAGAUACGGAAGAUUCUUAAACGACUCCUAUAAGCAUGAUCAGGUUUAUAUCCGGAGCACAGAUGUCGACAGGACUUUGAUGAGUGCUAUGACGAACCUUGCAGCCCUGUUUCCCCCAGAGGGGAUCAGCAUCUGGAAUCCCAGACUGCUCUGGCAGCCCAUUCCGGUGCACACCGUGUCUCUCUCUGAGGAUCGGUUGCUGUACCUGCCUUUCAGGGACUGCCCUCGUUUUCAAGAACUCAAGAGUGAGACUUUAAAAUCAGAGGAAUUCCAGCAGAGACUUCAUCCAUAUAAAAGCUUCAUAGACACCUUGCCAUCGCUGUCGGGAUUCGACAAACAGGAUCUUUUUGAAAUCUGGAGUAAGAUUUACGACCCUUUAUAUUGCGAGAGUGUUCACAAUUUCACUUUGCCCUCCUGGGCCACCGAGGAUGCCAUGAUUAAGCUGAAAGAGUUAUCAGAAUUAUCUCUGCUAUCUCUUUAUGGAAUUCACAAGCAGAAAGAGAAAUCUCGACUCCAGGGGGGUGUCCUGGUCAAUGAAAUCCUCAAGAACAUGAGGCUUGCGACUCAGCCCCAGAAGUCCAGAAAGUUGGUCAUGUAUUCUGCACACGACACUACUGUGAGUGGCCUGCAGAUGGCGCUAGAUGUUUAUAAUGGACUUCUACCUCCCUAUGCUUCUUGCCACAUAAUGGAAUUGUACCAUGAUGAUGGGGGCCACUUUGUGGAGAUGUACUACCGGAAUGAGACCCAGAAUGAGCCCUACCCACUCACACUGCCCGGCUGCACCCACAGCUGCCCUCUGGAGAAGUUUGCAGAGCUACUGGACCCCGUGAUCCCCCAGGACUGGACCACGGAGUGUAUGGGCACAAGCAACCACCAAGUGCUAAGGGUCAUCCUUGCCACCAUGUUUUGCCUGGUAACUGGGAUCCUGGUGAUCUUGCUGCUUGUCCUCAUCCGCCACGGGCCCUGCUGGCAGAGAGACGUGUAUCGAAACAUCUGAACAGACAGCUGACCUCCAGGGACGUCUCUCAAUGAAGCAGCACCGGCAAGAAGCUCUUCCGCCACGUGGGCUCUGUCCUGCCCAUGCCCUCCCUUUAGAACUUGCCUGGGGUUGGUGUGAGCUCACUGCCACGGGGCAGAGUGCAGAGCUGACAGGUUAGUCUCCUUCCCACUGAACUGCUCACAGGGCUAGGAUAGGACUCUUUUACAAGGGAUGCUUCUGCCCUCUUACACAGAGGUCCUGAAAGAAUUAAGAAGCCAAAUUCCAACCCACCGUGUGACUAUGAAGACGAAAGGGAGAGAAAGUGGGGCCAAGAUGUAGGUUAGAGCACCCUAGGUAACUCGGAAUGUUAGACUAGAAGUAGAGGAGUUACAGAAAAAUGACUAGUUAUUCAAUACGCUUAACUGUCUGCCUGUCUGUCUGUCUAUCUCGAAAGCAAUUCAUCCCAGCGCUUCACAACUGACAAACCUCUCUCUAUGUACAGCUAACACACACACACACAUAUAUCCGUAUUCAAAAUGUCUUUAGGUGAAGUGUCUGAUUCUCAGAAACUGUAACAUCAUUCACUUUAACAGCUCCAGUCAUUUUCCCUCAAUUUCCAUAUGGAGAAAUAACUGAAAACCUCAUGAGAUGAGAUCAUCUUCCCCACCCCUCCUCACUGCCUUAUUUUUAUGCAGUUGGUAGUAUAUUCACUUUAAAAUUAUGAUAUCUUAUACCUUAUACUUAAGGGCCAUUCGUGGCCACUAUGAAAUAAUUUUUUUUACUUAUUUAAUUUUUACUGUAGUGUUGGACUUUGAAACCCCUGGGUCUGACGCAAUCUUGGAGAGUCCUCGAUGUGAACUAUGCCCCUUUUCCUCUCUGACUUUUGUUAAGUGCCAACACAGAAAGGAGAGUACCCCAUGGGGGUGGCAACCUGAAAACCUACUGGCUUAAAUCUUAUUUCUUAUUCUAAAGUAGAAAGCUCUAGACAAGACGAACGCAGAAGCCACAUCUAGACUUCAUUUCCCAUCAAACACCUCCAUGACUACUCGUAAAAUCAUUAGGAAAAGACCAAAAUGUACUUUAUAUCAUGGCAAUCUGCUCUGGACACACAGGCAUUCAGCUGGUGAUAAAUUUGAUCUCAUUCCUCAGUAGUUUGCCCUACUUCCUUGGAGUUGCCUAAAAGUCUCAAAGUAUACCUGGUGGGAGGGGCCAGAGAAGGGCCUCUCCUGUCCAUGCUCACUCCCCACACUCAUGUGCUCUCCUGAAGAUAAACUGAGACAUUCACACUCCCAAGACCAUACUUAGAAUUCACCUUGCAGGACUGUCUACAUGUGGGGUGCUGGGACCUUUGAUCCACUCGGAUCCCCACCCCAGCCCUCGAGCACCAGAAGUCCUCCUGUUAAAUACCACUCGGCCACGUCUAUAGUCUGCACUUUUAACACCAUUCUCAGUGAGCCAAAGUCAUUGAAAACAAAACUCGAAGAGUCCUCCCUCCCCCAUAUGUGUGUAUUUAUGUGCGUAUGCAUGUGGUAUGAGCACACAUGUAUGUGCUGUCUUCUCACGCAUGCUCAGAGAACAAAGGAGGAUGUCACAUGUUCUGCUCUAUUAUUUUUAUUACCUUGUGACGAGACCUCUCGAUGAACCCAGAUCUAUGCUGACAUCUAGCGAGCCCAAGUAAUCCUUUUGGCUUGUCUCUACAGCACUGAGGUUACAGGGACACAGGAGCCACAUUCAGCCUUUUACAUAGGUGCUUGGGACUUGAACUCAGGUCCUCAUGCUUGGACAGCGGGGCUCUUACCCACCUGCCCAUCUGCCCAAUCUCCAGUUCCUACCAUCUCUUUGAUUACUGUAUAGAAAGCUCUCAGGCUCAACACCGCUGUGUCCUUUAUCUUCUGUUGGUAAAUACUAUAGGCAGCUUUCAUACACCAUGGCAGAAUCCCAAGUGACAGAUGGUCUGUAGGAACCAUUCAAAGAACGCAAAGGAACUAUAGGGUGUCAACUUCAACAACAGGGGGUGUGAACUCUGACCAUUCCAGUUGCCAUGGUGAUGUUGUUGCAAGAGCAUCACCAGAGCUGCGAUUGCCUCUGUUGUGAUGUGUGUUCCUUGUCAUUUGAGAAGCCUUUGUGUAGGAUUUCCAUGAAGCAGUCAUUAUCAUGUUGAUAGCAAUUACAUAAAACCACCAGUGAUGCAUAUGCACGAAAGUACAGAGAGAGAAAGAGAGAGAGAGAGGGAGAGAGAGAGAGAGAGAGAGAGAGAGAGAGAGAGAGAGAGAGAGAGAGAGAACGCUAGGUUAUCCUGUGCUUUAAUGGCAUAGCACAAACAGAGAAUUAGGGAACUUGUGAAAAAGAUACUACUGCAUAAUGAAUGUCGUAUAUGAGGCUCCAACUGGCAUUCGCUCAGCAGCUUUUUACAUGAAAACUGACAUUUCUUCCCUGGAUUUACUUGUGUUUCCCAUUUUCUCAACUCCCUGCCCUUUUUCUAUCUUGUUCUAAUAUUGUUAGCACUGAUUCCUCACAGUCAUGGAGGCUUCUGGGUAAAUAAAAGCCAAAUUGUAACUGCUUUCUCUUUUAAAAUCCUCUACAAAAAAAGACCUAUCUGAGCAAUAGUGUAAUGUCAGUACCCUAGAUAGGGCUCAGAGACACACACGGUCGCACAAAUGGGAUAGGGCUAAGAGAAAACACAGUCGCACUCAUAGUUUUAAAUGGUCCACAUUUGUAAUGGGAAACUUUUUUAAACGAGGUGAAUUCUAAUAUAAACAAUUUAUUUAAUGUAAUGCACAUACAAUAGCAUUUCAACAAAAGGUGUUCAUGGAAUAUUUUUAAGACUAUUUUCAUACUAAGUAUUUAAAAAUGUGAUAUGUUAUUUUGUUCCACGUUGGAGUAGCCAGCUUUGAGGACUUGGGAGUCACUAGUGGCUCCCAUACUGAGUAAUUCUGGCCUAGGCCAUUAGAUAACAGCCUUUUUUAAAGCAGAGAAACACAUCCUUUAUUUGUAAAAUAAGUUUUUGGUUAUUGUGAAGAAAUAGACAUCAUCUUUAAGACUGGAACAUAUCUCACCAACCAGGUGUUUGCCUAGCAUAGGCAAGCCCCAAGUUCCAUCCCCAGUACCACAAUAAAGUAAAACAAACACAGCAGAUGCCCUUUA